AUGCUGCUCUGCCUGGUCGGGUGCGUGGCGUGCGGCGUGCUGAGGUGCAGGCGGCGGCAGAAGGGAGGAGAAGACGACGACGAGAAGAAGAAGCCACAAUGGGGCGAGAAGGGCGACGACGAGGAGGAGGAGGAGGACGUGGUGGUCUCGGCGGCCAGGGGUGCGUCGUCGGCAGCGCCCGUGGUGCUGUUCGAGCGGCCGCUGAUGCAGCUCACGCUGGGCGACCUGGCCGCGACCACGGCCGGCUUCGGCCGCGAGUCGCAGCUCGCGGAGCGCGGUGGCCGCAGCGGCGCCGCGUACCGGGCCGUGCUCCCCGGUGACCUGCACGUCGUCGUGCGCGUCGUGGAGGGCGCCGUGGCCGGGCUCGCCGAGGACGACGGCAACCCGGCUGCCGCUGCCACCGCGUUUCGGGAGCUCGCGCGCCUCCGCCACCCCAACAUUCUUCCGCUCCUUGGCUACUGCAUUGCAGGCAAGGAGAAGCUACUCCUUUACGAGUACAUGGAGAAGGGCGACCUGCACCGGUGGCUGCACGAGCUGCCAGCGGGGCGGCCGGACAUGGACGACACGGCGGGCAGCGGCGACAUCUGGGAGGCGGCGGAGGUGAAGCUGUUCAUCUCCGACUGGCCCACCCGGCACCGCAUCGCGCUGGGGGUGGCCCGGGGCCUGUCGUUCCUGCACCAGGGGUGGGCCGGCGGCGGCGGGUCGGCGGUGGUGCACGGCCACCUGGUGCCGACCAACGUCCUGCUGUGCGACGACCUGGAGCCCCGGAUCUCAGACUUCGGGUUCGGGCACAACCACAACCACAACGCGACGCCCGAGGGCGACGUGUACGGGUUCGGCGUGCUGGUGCUGGAGCUGAUGACGGGGCAGGCCGGGUGGGACGAGGCGUCCGUGAGCUGGGCGCGGGGCAUCAUCCGCGACGGCAAAGCGCUGGACAUCGUGGACCCGAGGGUGCGGGACGAGGCCGCCGCCGGGGCGGAGGCGGAGGCGGCGGAGCGGGAGAUGGUGGAGUGCCUAAGGGUGGGGUACCUCUGCACGGCGCACUCGCCGGACAAGCGGCCGACGAUGCAGCAGGUAGUGGGGGUGCUCAAGGACAUCCGGGCGGCGCCUCCUCCCACGCCCGCCGGUCCGGGCAGCUAG